AUGGCAUCCCAUGGAGAUACUACUGAGUCGGCGUCCACUGGGAGCUGUCUUGGGGGAUGGAAUGGCCACCGCACGUACAAAUCUUACAAGAGGAAAUUUGCGAAGCUCAAGAUCAAGUUCGAAUUGUCAAUGAAGGAAAGCACGUCGCUGGUGAUGGAGGAACUAAGAAUUAUCGACCUCUCAAAGCGGUUGAAAGAACAAAACGAUCAACUCCUAGAAUUGCUACUUGAGCUGAAUUCGAGCAUCCGCAUCCCUCGACAUUUUCGCUAUGACUUGGGCGUUCCCACGGAACCAAUGCCCAAAACACAUUUUCCCGGCUCUGAUAGCCUUCCGGAACUUAAUUAUGAUCCUGCAACUGCCCGCCAAAAACUGCGUGAAGCGAGAGAGAAGCUACUAGAAGGAUCGAUGUCGAUAACCGCGUGCCAACGCUUGGAGGAAUCUAUGUCUCGAAGUGAUAAUUUUAUACCAGCUCUUCGAUACGUCGAAUUACUCAAGACGCCGCAUACUGUUCCGGCCAAUGCUGUCAACUUAACUUUGGAUGAAGAUAUCGAUGCUGCGUUGGGGUUUUUAUCACCGGAACACGACCUGGAGUAUACAAAAAAUCUCGAUUCUGGUUCCGGAUUUACCCGAAGCGGCGAUAGGCCAAUGACGGCCGAACGAGAACGCGAAAUUAUCCUUCGCAACCCAACAUCAAUGUACAACUGGCUGCGCAAAAACGACCCAAGCGCGUUUCAGGAGGCUGAUACUCUCGGCUUUUCUGAAAAGUCAUUAACCUCGGCGAAAUCCGCAGCGACCCGAACUUCAAAAAGAGCGGCUGCCCAAGGACCGAAAGAUGACAAAGUGUUUGAAGAUGAUAUUCUUCUUGAGGUAGAGCCAGAACUCAAUCGAAGUGCCGGCCGUAAUAAAAGAAGGAGAGACGAUGACGGCGGGUAUCGUCCAAAGGGUGGCAACGGCGGAAGAGGCAGAAAGAAAAAAGAAGACGGUGUCAAGAGGAGAAAGGGUGUAGUUACCCCAACCAUCUGA